CCUGAUGCAAAAGGUGAUUAGGGAGAUGACCUGUAGACUGGGAAGACACAUGUCCUCUGUGGCAAGUAGGACGAUCCAGGUGAGAAGAUGUCUGCAUGGUGCUUAUUUCAGGAUUCAGCCCUCCAUACAGGAAGCACUGAUGGAGGGGAGACCAGUUGUAGCCUUGGAAAGCACCAUCAUUACCCAUGGCAUGACCUAUCCUCAGAAUCUGAGCAUGGCCAGAGAGGUGGAAGAAAUUGUAACGACAAAUGGGGCAGUGCCAGCCACUGUGGGUAUUUUAAGGGGCAGAAUCCAUAUUGGCCUCACAGAUGAGGAACUUCAGUUCUUGGCAGGCAGUAAAAAUGUAGUUAAAGUGUCUCGGAGAGAUCUUCCUUACGUCCUCAGCCAGGGCUUGUCUGGUGGCACUACAGUGUCUGGAACAAUGAUUGCAGCGCACAAAGCAGGAAUCCCUGUGUUUGUGACAGGAGGCAUAGGAGGAGUCCAUCGUGGAGGAGAGAACACUCUGGAUGUGAGUGCUGACUUGACAGAGCUAGGACGGACUCCGGUUGCUGUCGUAUCUGCAGGAGUCAAGUCUAUCCUUGAUAUUGGCAGGACUCUGGAAUAUCUGGAGACUCAGGGAGUCUGUGUAGCUGCCUUUGGAGAGUCAAGGGAGUUUCCAGCCUUCUUCUCAUGCCAAAGUGGCUUCCGGGCACCAUAUCAUGUCCAUAACGAGGAGGAGGCAGCUGAACUCAUCGCCAGCACUCUGGGGCUAGGCCUGAGCAGUGGGGUGCUAAUAGCAGUGCCCUGCCCCCAGGAGCAAGCUGCCUCAGGCCAAGUUAUUGAAGAGGCCAUCCAGCAAGCGCUGAGGGAAGCCAGGUCAAAAGGGAUCACAGGCAAAGAAUUGACGCCUUUUCUGCUACAGAAGAUCAAUGAACUGACCGAUGGGAAAUCACUGGACUCUAACAUUGCUCUGAUCCAGAACAACGCUAGAGUGGGCAGCUGCAUUGCAGUGGCCCUGAGCAAACUACAGAAAGCCACAAGGAAGGGGAGGCUGCCUCGGAGAGAGGACAUGACUCCACCUCAGCCAGUGGUGAUUGGAGGCAUCAACGUUGACUUUAUAGCCAAGGCGCAGAACUCUGUCAUCCUGGUUGGUGGACAAACAAAUGCUGGAAGAGUGCGGCGAUCUUUUGGUGGCGUUGGAAGAAACUUGGCAGACUGCUUAAGCCGUCUUGGACUGACUCCUCUCUUUUUAUCAGCUAUGGGGAAGGAUGAACAUUCAGAGUCCAUUCUACACUACUGUCACCACAUGGACAUGAGAGCCGUCCUUCAGCUGGAGGGGAAGAGCACAGCCACUUACUGUGCUGUGAUCACUAGUGCCGGAGAGCUCAGCGUUGGCUUGGGAGAUAUGGACAUCCACCAGGAGAUAACAGAGCAAUACGUGUCCAAGUUCAAGGAGAACCUGUUCCAGGCCCCUCUGGUUUGCAUCGAUGGAAAUGUGCCUCUUUCCACUAUUCAGUAUGUCUGUCAGCUAGCCAGAGAGCACCAACUAGCAGUGUGUUAUGAGCCAACAGAUGAGAAGAAGGCCUCUAAACCAUUCCUCUCAGACAGCUGGAAAUCGCUCACGUACAUCUCCCCCAACCUGCAAGAACUAAGAGCAAUAAAUCAGACCCUUGGGAACCCUCUGCCAGCAGAGCUACCAUCCAGGUUGGAGGAUGUUGUCAAGACUGCAAUGACCUUGGCCCAGCCUUUGCUGACACAGCUGCGCUGUGUGGUGGUGACACUUGGCACUCAUGGAGUCCUCUUAUGUGGCAAGAGCAUGGGAGGGAGCAUCUUGCUUUGUCCUGGAGCUCAUGAACAGACUGCUGCUACCAGCCUGUGUGCCGCCCACUACCCCGCCAUCCACAUCAGCAAGGAGGAGAUAGUUAAUGUCUCAGGAGCUGGUGACAGUUUAAUGGCGGGAAUCAUUGCAGGGAUGCUUGCUAACCAUGACACAGAUACCUGUGUCCGGAUGGGUCUUCUUGCUGCAAGCUUGUCUCUCCGUUCCUAUGAGCCCAUUUCCCCAGAAAUCAACACUUGCAGUGUCAGCCUGGAACAAGUCAACGGCAGGAGCUGGCCAGAGGUGAAGAUAUGGGAGAUGGACUAGAUCUUCUGCACUAUGGCUUUCUCACUCAUUACCUUAUCCUUCCUAACACACCCAACAUUGGUAUUUCCAGGAAGUAGGCUGUGUUUAGAGCUCCAAGCUCAAAAACUGGCAGCUGACCAGAGGGCCUGGACUUUCAGUGCACACUGUACCUUAAAGGAGGUGAAGUGUCAACCGACUACAUUUUGUGACAGCUUAUAUUGCACUGUACACACUCACUUUUGUCCACUGUUGCUUCCUCUCUUUUUUGGUGUGUUGCAGCAACUGCAGCUUGAUUCUUCUGUAUAUCACCUGUUGAUAAUUUAUCUCACCUCAUGCUCUAAUGGGAGCACUCGGCUGUUCUGAUCUUGAGUAAAACCUCAGGCCCCAAGCCAGGGAACCCUUGUAAAGAAAAGCUGGAUUCAGCUCUUUUAGACCUCCUAUUUUCCUGAACUUCCAGUCUAGACUUUCCAUUGAGGGAAUUUUUUCUUUUACCAUCUUGUGUCACUGUUGUCCAUUGUCAUGGCAGUUCCUCUGUUGCUAACUCCCAGAUCUUCAGGACCAUUUCUCUUUAGGCAGGCACAGCAGUAACAGACUCUCUUGCUCCUCACUCCUGAUUUCUAUCCAACAUCUCCCAUGAACCUCAGCCUGUGGCAAGCCUCAGCUGGCAGGCACAUAAUGCUGUAGACUACGUGAUUGAUCUUCCCAAUCCAGCCUGCAAAUGCUGGAUUUUCUUGCUCUGAAGUUCAACACCCCUGAAGAAAGUGGGCAAGAAUAAUAAAGGGGGUUAAGUGUGGCCCAGCUAGUGGCCUUGGUAGGAUGACUGCCCCCUUAUUACACAUGCCUUCCUCUAAACUUUGGGCUUCCUAAAUCCUCAGCCCAGAAUGUCAAUUCUGAAGCAAAAGAUGUCAAACAUCCCCCUUCUCCCAACUCAGAGAGGUGAAGCAAGCUCCUCUCCUAACUCCUCCAUUUCCAACCCAAUUGGCAACCCAUUGGCUACCUGACAUAGGAAACUUUCUGUACAUGGCCAGCUGAACAGCUGCACCGACAGACACACAUGGCCUAGCAACCCUCAUGGAGUGUUGUAUGAAGGGACCAAAUUGCCUGGUCACACCUUCCCUUCCCUCUGGUGUUCCAGUCCUUCAAGAACAAGAAGAUUCCUACUACCAUCACUGAAGAUCAGGGUAAUCAUACUGUUGCUAGGGAGGUGGGAAAGCACAGGCCUUAUUUAUGGACGGACAUGCAAGUUGUAUAAAUCAAAUGACUCUCCCAAGUUCACAAUGAGUCCAUGGCAAAGCGAGGAGCAGAACUGAGCUGCCUUGACCCUCUGUCCCAGGCUGGAGCUGCAUGGUGAUACCUCCACCUUUAACCCUUCCAGAAUCUUUAUUAGCAAGGACAUCUACACUUAGAUCAAUUUUAUACAAAUUAAGUCUUGUCCACAGGCUUUUAGCAAUUAACUAAUGCAGCCAGUUUGGCUAUGGAAAUCAACUACUCAAUGCUCAGUUGUGUAGCUUACCUCCCAGAGAUAGCUCCUCUAGUCUUCUUCCAACCCCUGAGAGAUUAAACUUUAGGGAAGGACCA